CUUGUUUUAGAUGCGUAUCGUUAAAGCCGACAGAGACACGUAAACAGGAAAGGUUCGCGUUUUUGUGACAAUAAGGAUAGAUAAUUUCAAAAUGAGGACAAAUGAGCUCAUUACGUUUGCGUUGGUGUUUCUGUCGACAUUGACGCAGACGUUCGGAUUAGACUGCGUUUCAUGCACCACAAGUGAUAUGGAUGACAGUCCUUUUACUUGUUUCAACGCGCCAUCUUCUGAGAUCGAUAUCGAAGGUACCGUGGGUGUACAGUCCAGUACGUGUGAUAGUGGCGAAGUAUGCAGGGUAGUGGCGUAUUAUGGUGACAAUGGAUUGGAAAAUCUAGAACGAGGCUGUUUUGAUUCGGAAACAUUCUGUGGAGGAAACACUAACGUUGCCAAUGAAUGUGACGAUAAACAUGCAAACUGCUACCAAUGUUGCGACGAAGACUAUUGUAACACUGAUGUUCCGGACACAGCUGAUACGAUUCCUAAGUUGACCAUCUUUGGUGUUUUGACCACCAGCAUUAUCUCUAUUGCGUUAGUUGUAACUUAGUUGAACACGCUAGUGAUGGCUGGUCGGGUGGAUCUAACUUUAAUAUGUACAUUAGUGCGAUACAGGACUAAUGCCGAAAUCAUGAAUGAAAGUGGAAACAUUAUGAAUUCAAUUUUCAGUAUAUUAAUCUGUCCCACGCAGUCUGACACCAACUGGAGAUGAAGAAGAUAGGUCGUUAGUUCACUUAUGAGAGAAAUUGCUGUGUUUUUGCAGAUUGUUUUAAUUCAUGUAAUUCGAAGCCACACUUAACCAAAUGCAGGCUAAGCUCCAAAAACAGCACAUAUACAACUAGAAGAUUAAUAGACACAAGUGGCCGCCGGACCUCUUGAGAGCGAGAAAUCCACAAAAUACGUUCAGUUUCCCUUGUCAUCGCGACACUCUCAAUCUCAAAAAUCUGCCUCUGUAGUCUUUUGCAUGAUAUUUAGCAUAACCAUAUGUCCUAUGACCUUUUAUAACCCAAUUUAUACCGCAAACGUGAUUUGUCGGCACAAUAUCACGUGGAAGUAUCACAUGGAAAACCAAAUAUGGAGAUAUGGAUGGAAAACAGUGCCAUGUUAUUCAAAGUUUCACAUGGUUCUUUAUAAUUUCUCCCGCUCAUUCAAGUUGCUACUUUUAAAAUACGUAAAACACGGACAGGGUGGGGUGAUUUUCCUUGUAGAUAUGAAAACCACAACAUGGUUCACAAUUACUGCAUAUAGGUUUACUUUUUAACGGGGAUACAUGAUGCUUAAAACAUUUCGUAUGUACAUAUUGUAAUGUUUAGACAGUAUGCUGGGAAUAUAUUUUUUAUGAAAUGCAAUUGUGGCCAAACUCCGAAUUCUGAUUAUAUCUUCAUUUAACAAUCAUACAGUGUUCUACGAUUGUACAUUGUCCAAACUUUAUAAAACAAUUAAUUAUUGUACGAUAUAUGUUUUUACCAUUUUACAAUUAAAUAAAUUUGCCAACGUCUCUAUUUUAUAUAUGUAUGUUACACUAGAAAACGUACAUUCAGGCGUACAUUUAUUUACAUUUUUUUAAUAGAGAUAUAAUAAGCGUUUAUUUUUUUACUUGAAUUCUACUCAAAUAAUCAUGUAUUUCAAUUCAUUCAUUUUAACAUUUAUUUACAGU